AUGAAAAUUCCGCACUCAAUCGCGACUCUCGUCUCCGAAUUCACACAUCUCAAUCGAGCCCCGGUUUUCAACCCGCGGAUUGCGGAUCCUUGUACAUCGGAAGAUUCUGCUGCUGAAGUUCAGGCUGAACAUCAGACAUCCACCCCGAAAUAUAAAUCUGGAGAGCGACGGCAUUCGAUAAACAUCAGUGUGGGCACCGACGAGAUUCCGGUGAUUACGGUGCCCCCGAAAAAUUUUGGCGCGAAAAAUUCGGGAUGUUCGGGCCCUAAUCAAAAAUACAACAAGAAUACUCGAAGACAAUCGGCUCCCUGUAUUUCGGGAAUUGCGAGUUCGACGAAGUUGCGCGAGAAAAUGGAGAAAUUGUCGAAGAAAUCGAAUAGUGUGGAAAGCUUGAAGGAGGAGAAUUAA